AAACGCAGGGCCGUUCGCUGGAUCGAUUCCGCGCUCGCCAUGUCGGCCUUACCCAUGUCGCCGGGCACGCUGCGGCAGCGGGGAAGCCCCAUGAACAGCAGCCCGAUGAGCAGCCCAAUGGAGAAGGGGCAGGGCUGCUCACGGAUCCCAACCCAGAAGGCGAUCAAGGGAGGCGUCACCUUCACGCGGCGAGUCAUCAAGAUCUCUAGCCUCAGCCUCUUCUUGAUCAUCUUCCUCAUCGCUUUCUUGGGCUGGCCUUCCAAGCUCAUCGAGGAGAACGUGCACCGGCACAUCCUGGCCUUCCUCUUCCUCACCGGCAUCAAGCUGGUGGCCUUGGAGGAUGUGAUUCGCUUGGACAAGGCGGCCAUCAUGCUGAUCAUGGCCUCCGUCAUGUGGACCUACCGCGCCGCCAGCAUCGACCCCAGCUCUGAGCAGGGCCAGGAGCAAUACCACAAGGAGUUGGGCAAAGCCUUGGAAGACGUGGGCAGCGUGCUGCUCUUCUUGCUGCCCGCCAUGGGACUGGUGGAGUCGAUUGAUCACUUGGACGGCUUUGCGGCAGUCACUGCCCGCCUCAUCCAGGCGACGAAGGACAGCGCCGGCCGCUUAAUGCCGAUGAUUUUCUUUCUUGCUUUCUUCCUAAGCUCGGUCAUCGACAACCUCACCGCCACCAUCGUUUGCGUGAAGAUCUUGCAGCGCGUGGUGCCGCACAACCGGCUCUGGCGCCACAGCUGCGGGGGCCUGGUGGUGGUGGCUGCCAACGCCGGUGGCGCUUGGAGCCCGGUGGGGGACGUGACCACCACCAUGCUCUGGAUCCAGCACAAGAUCUCCACGUUGGGGACGGUCACUUGGCUCUUCUUGCCCUCCUUCGUGGCCGGCGUGGUGCCGCUGCUGGGCAUUUGGUGGUACGCGCGGCGAUAUGCUCACGAGGGGGCGGAGAAAGAAAAGGAGGAGGUGGAAGUGCCAGUGCCUACUAGGAAUGGCUCCAUCAUCUUGGCCGCGGGCAUGUUCUGCAUCCUCACUGUGCCCGUAGUGAAGACGGUCACGGGCUUGCCACCCUACCUGGGCAUGAUGAUGGCGCUGGGCGUGUUCUGGCUAACUACGGAGCUAGGAGAGCUCGGCAGCGAGGGCAAUUCGGUGCCCCAUGCCCUGCAUAAGGUGGAUUUGAGCAGUUUGCUGUUCUUCACCGGGGUUCUCAUGGCCAUCUCCUGCCUCGACGCGGCGGGGGUCUUGAAGCAGUACGCGGAGACCAUGCACAAAGUCACCAAAGGCAGCCCCAUGGCCCUCGCGGCACUGCUGGGGGUGUCCUCUGCAGUGGUGGACAACGUGCCCUUGGUACAGGCCUCCAUCGAGAUGUUCGAGAAGCCCAUGGACGACCCUCUCUGGCAGCUGGUGGCUUUGAGCGCCGGCACUGGGGGCUCCUUGCUGGCGGUGGGCAGCGUAGCAGGAGUGACUCUCAUGGGCCUGGAGGGUGUUGGCUUCCUUUGGUACGCCAAGCACAUCAGCCUCUGGGCGGCGCUGGGCUUCGCUGCAGGUUUGGGCACCUACAAGCUGCAGCACGUCUUGGUGCCGCUCUGAGGUCUCGCAAGUACUUGAACGUGGACACAGCAAUACCUGUGGUGAGGCAGUCGUUCAAAUCGACACCUGUGCCCAACUCAACUCUUUGACGCGCAGCUGAACGCGAUGCGUUCGGAAGCUGUGACCAGACGGCUUGCAAGGAACGCUGUGCCAAC